AUGAACUCUUAUGGUAAUUAUUUACCUCACCGUGCAGUGAUAAAACUAAGCAGCAGCACUACUCCAAUUCGUCCGGUGUUUGACGCUUCAGCGAGAUUAGCAAAUUAUCCAUCUUUGAAUCAGUGCUUGGAAUGUGGUCCUAAUCUCAUUGAGCUUAUUCCAAAUAUUCUUCUUCGAUUCAGAGAGGGACAGCUUGGCGUUAUAGCUGACAUCAGGAAAGCUUUUCUGCAAAUUAGUAUUCGUAAAGAGGAUAGAGACUUCCUUCGGUUUUUGUGGUGGGAAAAAUCUUUGAAGAAAAGACUUUUGGAGAGUUUCUACAUUGAUAAUGUCGUUACUAGUGUCGACAGUAAAGACCAAUUAGAUCGAUUCAUUGACAAUUCUAAAACCUUGAUGGCAAAAGGUGGUUUUGAUCUUAGAGAAUGGGAAUGGUCUGGCGACUGUGAAAAUAAUUCAAAGGAAGAAACUCAGGUAUUAGGUCUUAUUUGGAAUAAGAAAUUAGACACUUUGAAAAUUAACAUGAAAUGGCUGGAUGGCAUUAAUGUGGAAAAAGUAACUAAAAGGAGUAUGUUAUCUACAGUACAUAAAGUAUUUGAUCCUUUUGGAUUCACUGCACCAGUGAUGCUCUGUCCGAAAAUAAUGCUACAAAAGGCAUGGACAUUAGGUACAAGUUGGGAUGAAGAAGUAACUGGUGAGCUUCGUAAAGAAUUUCUACAGUGGUUUCAAGAACUUAAGCAUUUGUCUGACAUACAGAUUCCUAGGUGUGUUCAAGCAUCUUCAAAAGAUAUAAGCAACUGCACUAUUCAUACGUUUGUUGAUGGAAGCAAAGAUGCAUAUGCUGCUGUUACAUUCCUUAGAAUAGAAAAUAAUGGUCGAAUCGAGCUAUUUCUACUUGCAGCGAAAUCUCGAGUGGCUCCUUUAAGAGGCACAACUAUCCCAAGAAUGGAACUUCUUGCGGCGGUGAUUGGAGCGAGGCUAGCGAAUUCAGUUGUUGAAGCUCUUGGUUGGAAAAAUGUUACGAUAUAUUACUGGAGUGAUUCUACAACAGUGCUUGCAUGGAUAUUACGAGAAGAAAAUUGGUCUGUCUUCGUUAGGAACAGAGUCCAAGAGAUAAGGAAGUUGAGUAAUCCUACAUCAUGGAGACACAUACCUGGUGAUAAGAAUCCGGCAGAUUUACCUUCCAGGGGCUGCAAGGCAAAACAUCUAGUCUCCCUAAGAUGGUGGGAGGGUCCACAAUGGAUGAAAAAUGCUUUUGAAUUUCAAAACAUUAUGGGUUCCACCAACCAUGAUUGGAAUGAAGAAGAGAUUAGAAAGGAAAAGUCUAAGACGACUUUUAUAUUAUCAAAUAAUGAAGCCUGUGGUGUUGCAAACUGGUACUACAGAUAUUUUUCGAACUAUGAUAGAAUAGUUCGUCUUGUUGCAUGGAUCCUCCGCUUCAUGAACAACUGCAAAAAUAUAACUGAGAAGAAGCAUGAAGAAGAAAAGAGAUUAAAAACCCUACAAGUAUUUAAAGACGAUCGUGGCAUCAUCCGUUUGAAAACUAAAAUUAUUUAUCGCAAGGACAGUGAAGAUUUUCUUAAACCUAUUGUUCUUCCUCCGAAUCAUGAAGUGGUAAAGCGGUUAAUCUAUAAUGCUCACGUUAAGAACUGUCAUGCUGGAGUCCAGAUACUAUUGAAUGCACUUAGAGAAAAGUACUGGAUCCUAAAUGGAAGAAAAGCGGUGAAACAUGUGGUGGCCAAUUGCAUUACGUGUAAAAGAUAUAGCUCAAAGAACAUAGAAGUUAUAAGUCCCCCCCUUCCAGAAAAUAGAGUAAAGGAUGCUGCGGUGUUUCAGAUAACUGGCGUUGAUAUGGCUGGACCUUUAUUCCUUAAAGACAAGAAGAGCUGGGUUCUGAUUUUUACUUGUGCAGUGUACAGAGCAGUUCAUUUCGAGCUUGUUACUGCUGCAUCGACUGAUAUGCUGUAG